AUGACAGUCCUGCGAAGUUUCGUACGUGGCUAUCGACGUCUCGUGGCAACGUUAGUGUCACCACCAAGCUGUCCAAUUUGUUUUGAAAGUGUACCAGUGGUAGAGUUACGUGACGUAAAGGAUAAAAACGUCGACAAGGCGUAUGCAAAGUUACAUUGUCGUCACUAUUUUUGUGUUGACUGUAUUCGAAAGUAUAUUGAAAUGAAGAUUAAAGCACGAGAAGUAGAUGAAGAUCAAUUGGUGUGUCCUGUGGUUGAUUGCAAGCAGAGUAUGAAGAAGGAGGAUAUAAGACACAUUAUUAGUCUGGAAGAAAUGGUCAACUAUCAAGCGGUUGUGAAGCGUAAACGCAAUGAGAAAAAUCCAAGUGCGCGGUGGUGUCCGAGACCAGGCUGCGACGAGCUAAUUAUCUGUGAAACUACGGGAAACUUUACGUGCCCGACAUGCAUGACAGUGGGCUGCUUUCGCUGUCGAGGAUAUGGACAUCGGUUCUGGUUCUGUCGUGGCGAGGAAGAUGAGUCAUAUCUUGCGUGGGAAGCAUCAGUGGGCAAGCAAAAAGCAGUACGGGCAUGUCCCCAUUGCCAAAUGCGGAUCUGGAAGAAUGAAGGUUGCAAUCAUAUGACAUGCACACAUUGCCGGUUCGAGUACUGCUGGGUUUGCGAAAGUGCAUGGGAUGCCAGUCACUAUACGUGCUACAGCCUGCCGUUUUUAGGGGCCUCAACAGUUUGGGGACGUUGGUUGCAGCGCACGUUGGGGUAUACUGCUAUUGUGUUGAUCGUGACGGUGAUCUCGACGUUUGGCUUCUACGCCUUUGUGGGCGGCUACGUCAUGUUUGGCGCAAUUGUUCAUGCUACACGUCUUGUUUGCCGCAUUCCUCUAGGUGGUGUUAAUGUCUUGAAUAACGACGGUUGA